CCCUUUGAAGCGUAUUUCGGCCGUUGACCUCAUUGGACGAAAACCGGGAGUCUGAUGGGCUCUUUGGUAGCUUGAUCCUUUUUUCGGUUCGGCGUUAGGAUUCAGUUCAACUUCCUUCAGAUUGUUGUGAGCACCUCUGAGCGAGCGGUGACGGUAGAGACAGUGGAUUUGUUGAAUUUAGGCGGCUACCUGCCUAUCCCAUUGGAUGAACCACAGGGAAAGCUGCUUGUUAAAGGAAUCCCACGUCUCUCGUGUCACCUUGCAGCCGGUGUAAAUUCGUGGACGGUCCGCUUUUCCUGUCAGGACGGAUUGUUACAUCGGAGCAGAGGUUCAGUGCUGUUUUUAUCUUAAGGGCAGUAAAUAAGUUGGCGACCACAUCCAUUACCCUGGGUUCAGUGUGUGAGCAUCACUGAAUCCAGCAAGUGCAUCCAGCAGCAAAGUAGUCAACGGCUAAUAUUGGCGAUGAAACCCGAUGGGGUGGCCACAGAACCAUCUGAACCAGUGGAAGCAGAGGGAUUGGAACCAAUAGCAGAGCCAAAUGACAAUGAAGGGAUGUCCCAAAAUGGCACUGCCCCAACACCUCCACAUCCCGAUGAACCACUAAAUCAACAAGAUGCUCCUUCAACCGUGAAGGAGGCUCCUGGAAAGGCAGUGGAGCCUAAAGGUAAAUCUAAAGCCCCCCUGAAAGGAAAAACUACAGCAGGUCCAGCUACCACAGGACCAGGCACGAGACCCAAAACAACCCAAAGCCGUGUGGCUAAUGGCGUCACAAAAACUGCAACAAGCAUGGCAGCCAAGAAACCAGCUACCACUUCGACAGCAGAGAAGAAACCCAGCACUGCUGCUGGAGCUCCAGCUCCAAGUAAGAAACCUGCCGGCUCUUCCACCGCAACCUCAAGGGCCCAACCUGGGGUGACCGCUGUUGGGACUAGCAGAACAACAACAACUACCACCAAAGUUACGAAGACGGGAACAGCUGUCAGCACAGCCACCGGCGUGAGUAGGAGACCUGCCACUGCUCCUGCCAGUGCAGCAACCAAGCCCAAAACCACAGCUCCAGCUCCAAAACCCACCACUGCCAAACCCAGUACUUCAGCCACGGCCAAAACCUCUUCAGCUCCAAAAACUAACAGGACAAUUGGAAGUACUGCCUCACGGCCAGCUACCACUUCAGCUACAGGCAGAACAACUACUACUACCACCACCAGUACCACCACGACUACUGCAGCAAGUAGAACAAGCCGUCCUCCUUCUCAACCGCCUGUUAAACCCUUGGUUACAACAUCACUCACCCGCAAAGAUGCUGGCAAAACAGGCACUACUGCCCCGGCGAAGAAACCAGUUGCAGCAGUAACAUCCCGUCCUGCUCCCAGCAAGCCUUCAAACUCGGAUGCUCCAAAACAAGCAGCAGCUACAAAACGACCCUUACCUAGCGUCAAAGCACCUCAACCGAAACCAGAUGACAAAAAAAGUGUACCAACGCGUAAGGUGCCACCUAGUCCACGAAACAUUCCUUCAAGGGCAGCAUCAGGCAAGACAGCUGCAGCCUCUUCUAAUCAAAGACCAACAGGUAGCAGUACGACAGUUACUGGGAAGCUUCAACCAACCAAACCAACACAGUCUGUUUUACCCAUUGUUGUCAAAGAUAAGCCUGCUAGUAAAGAACCUGCUGAAGAGGCUGUGCAACUUUCAGGAGCUGCAGUAGCUGCUGUUGCAGGAGCUGCAGUAGCUGCUGUUGCAACAGCUGCAGCUAUAGCCACAGAAGAAUCUGGUUUGGGGCCUGAUGUUACAGCAGCUUCAGAGAGCCCUCUAGAUGUGCCACCCUCCUCUUCUUUAAAUGCUCAGGAAAUUAAAGAUGUGCCGGUCUUUACGGCCAAUGACAACAACCAAGAGCUGCUGUGUCAAGAAGCUGGUCCUGUUGAAGUGUCUGGUCCUGUUGAAGGGUCUGAACUUGAUCCUCCAGCUUCUGGAGAUAUUCAGAAUUUUGAAGAAUCGGGUUCAGGAAAAGUUAAUGAAGAGGUGGCUGCUGCUAAACCAGUUGCACAGGAAGCAGUUAAGCAGGAAAGUGGGACUGCUUCACCGUUUGAUAACCCUGCUGCUGCAAUAGUGCCCUCUGUUGGCUUGGAAGUGGCUGAAAAAGCUGAGCUAAUUAACAGUGAGUGUUAUGAAGAUGUGGAAGAAGAAAGGGAGGGCAGCCAACAAGUGUCUUUGUCAGAAAUGAGUGGCACCCAGCCUACCGAAGAGUCUCAACCUGGGUCAGCAGGGCUUCCUGGGUCUAUUUGGCGAGCAGGGGCCUUGCUCUCAGAGCUUGACUCUGAAGAUGUAAGCUGCAGCCAGCAAGGGGCAUCUGAGCUUAGUGCUCCAGGUGUCCUGGAGGGCACUGAAAGCAUGGAUGAUCUGGGUGAUGCUAGCCUUAAAGGAGCUGAAGGUGCAUCUGUUGGAUCUCCUGACUUUGAGAAGGUUCCUGAUAUCCUUACUAAUGAAGAUGAUGAGGAGGAGGACGAUGAUGAUCGAGUGUGUGAUAUGGAGGUAGAGUCUGAAAAAGCAGAUGACUCACACAUGCAGCAUCAUGACAAUGAUAUUGAUGAGGAUGAAGAUGUAGAAAUGGCAAGUGAGGGCAUUACUGAGAGUGGGCUUGAAAGUUAUGGGAAUGCAGAUGAGGAUGACUUAACAGAAGACUACCGGUUGGACAAUCUGAAUCGUAUUCAGCCUCCAGCCGUGGAUAUGUCUGUCCCUCCAGCAGCUCAGUGGAGCUUUGCUGAUCCUUGGGCCCAGCUACCACAACCGGCCUCUACUCUUCUCUCUAGUCCUUCCUCUGAACACUGGGAUGCAAACCCUGAAACACCAACCCAGGUACCUGCUCAGGCAACACUAGAUGUUAGCAAUUCCGAAAGGGGCCCUACAUCCCCUUACCCCCCAAACCUUUUUGAGCCCCCACCUUUUCCUACUCAACAAUCCCCACCAACAACUGCAGAGGAGGAUGCCUGCCCCAAAGUAGGUCUGACACCCCCUCAGGGCUCUGAAUCCAGUUUGACCCUCAGUGGCCCGGAGCUAGCAUCUGACAGUAACAGAGACACAGGCAAACCAGAGGAGCUGAAAGAUUUCAAGACCUGUUUAAGUACUGAGAUUAAUUCCAAAGAAGAGCAGUCAGAAUCACUAAACCCUGUCUUGCCUGACAUCAUGCAAGAUCUAGGGAUUCACCUUGAACAAGCUGAUGAGGAAGAAGAACCAGAGACUUUACCAGCUGAUGAUGUACUGGGUGGUCCAGCAACUGCUCCAGUAUCCGCACCAUCCUCUCCUUCAUCAGCUACUGAGGAUGAAGCUAGUGAUACAGAAGGUGAAAUGCAAAUCAGUGACCCUCAAGCUGAGCUUCCUGUAACUGAACCUACCUGUGAAAUGGCACCUGUUACCCACGAUUUGUCCACUUUAGAGGAGCAUGAAGAAAUCGGUGGAGAGACAGAAGGUGGUGGUGGUAGUGACACCCCUCAGUCUGCCACAUCUGCUGCUUCCUAUGGCUUUGACUACAUGACCUCUAAUUCCAAUGCCCAGUCAUCUGCUGAAAGUUGCAGCAAGAGCCCUGGCAUCUUUUCCCUUGAAAAUGAAGAGCAGCUCCCAGAUGAGGCCAAAGAUCCAUCUCUUCUUAAAGAGCUCACCCUGAUGCCUACUUCUGCAGAUACGGAAAAGAUUGAAGCACUAAAAUCCCAACAUGGGGAGCACCAGUCCCACCCAGAGCACCAGUAUAUGCUUUGUGGGGAGUCCACCGAGUUGCCAGAUCGUAGUUCACUACCGGAAACGGCACAUGUAGAAUCAACUUUGAUUGAUCCUUCAUCCCCACAGCACCCAGAAGGACCGCAAGAUCCUGACACUCAGCACCCUUAUUACUCCACUAUAUGCGGAAAUUCUGAUAGUCCCUUGGCAGGAAGGAACUCCCACUUUCCACCACACAUGCCCGACUUGCUCCACAUCCAAAUGACAAUGUCAUCCAAACUUCGCCUCCGCCCCCGAUCUGCCCAUGGGACCCAGCCACCACGGCUUCCCACAGACCUUCCUCCCAGAAUACCAAGUGGUGGUUCAAACACACAGCUCCGAUGUCUAGAGAAACACCAACAGCAGCUACAAGAGAUUAAGCAAUGGCAGGAGAAGCAGCAUCAUGAACAAGAGAGACAAGAAGAAGCGAGAAAGAAACAAGUAACGAAUGAGAGAGAGAAGGAAGAGGAGUUGGAGAAGCAGAAGAGGAAUUUACUUGAGUUGGAACUCAGACAGCAAGAGGAAGAACUGAAACAACGACAGCAAAUCAUGCAGUGGCAACAAGAACUUGAACAGCAACAGCAGCAGAAACAAAAGGCACAUACACCAGUUCUCCUGUCUCCUUCAUCAGGCCUUUGUACCAUCUAUGAAACUCUGGAAGCAAGUGACGCAGAAGAUGAGGAACAAGGAGUGGUUGAAGAAACGGAUAAAAUCGAGGACAAAAGGACCCUUAAUGCAUGUCCUGAUGAACAGACGCAUCGACGUUCUGAACAAAAAGAUGAAGUUGAUUCGAAUUGCACAACACCUUCACUAGAUGUUGCCCAUCAGGAUUUACAGAAUCACCAUAAUAGUCUUCCCCAGUCUCCCUCUGAAUCUCCCAAGCGUCAUGCACCUCUAGAGUUUGACUGGGGCAAGAAGGUGGAUAUUGUCCAGCAUCUAAUUAAUCAGACACUACUGUUUGCAGGUGAUGGUUGCUCGCCGCUUCUGCUACCCGGUGGGGCAGGUGGAACGCUAAGUCCCCUGGAAAGCAGUCUGUGGCCCAACCUAUUACCUCCGUUUACACCCCCCUCAGCCACCGUGACUUCUGUGAGCAGCUUCUCACCCGAAACUCCAGGCAGUUCUGCUCAGGGUGAGUGGACUGUUGUAGAGCUGGAGACACAUCACUGAGAACGUUUAGGAAGUACUGAAUGAACAUGCCAAAUAUGAACUUGUGCACCAGGAAAGAAAUGCAUGCUGUUGUUGAAAAGAGAAAAAAAUUGUGAACGAUGUGAACUCUGGUUUAUCCUCAUCCUGGCAGUUAUUCUAGUGCAGUGAGAGCUUUCAUUCUCACAUCCCCACCCAUCCAAAAACAACAAAACACUACAAUAUGAUACCCUCCCUCAUACAGACUCCCUGCCAAAUUGAUCGGCCAUAUCUGACCUGCCCCUGUGCCAAAAAGCCAUUUCCUGAAAGUUUAAUGGGGAUCACUGCCUGGCUCAAACUGCAUACAUUUAUCUUUUAGUCAUUAGGUUGAUACCUUGCAUUCAUUGUGGGUUUCAUAUUGACUGAGAUGGUCAAAGUAAAAUGGACUCUCAAAUAGAUUUCUUCAACGUAUAGUGAAAAGGAUUUAAUCGUACAGGUUUCCAGUUCA